AUAUAUAUAUACAUAUAUAUAUAUAUAUAUAUAUAAAUGAAUGUAUUGUGUGUGUGUGUUUGUACAGUAUUUAUGUAUAUACUGUAUAUAUAUAUAUAUGUAUCUAUAUAUAUAUAUAUAUAUAUAUAUAUCUAUAUAUAUAUAUUGUGGAGUCUCACUCAGGCACCGCCUGACAGGUAGGCACCUCACAGGGGAGGAGCCAGGGCGUGGAGGCAGAGUGGAACACAGAGGACAACGCCCCAGCCUUGGCCACAUCAUCGAGGGGCGGUACUUUCCCCUGUACCUGCUCAAUCAGCCUGAAGUGCCACCAGCUGUGCGGCCAGGUGGGGUCCAGCUACAAACUGUUCUUAACUCUGCCUCAUUCAGGUCUGGCUCUCCUCUGUGUCAAGGCAGGUGCAUCAGGCGGUAAGUGAGACAUCCACUAUUUCCCCAUUAAUGACAUUAUUAGGGAAAUGUUUUCUGAUAUUAUGUUUUCUCUUGUUUGAUAGGCAAUGACCUUUGACCUUUAAGGAAGUGUGCUGUGUGAAGGACAGAGAGCCCCAGAUGGGAGAUAUUUAUGUUUAUUAUUGGACACUUUAAGUUUGCUGAUUCCACACCCCGCCCUUCCUAAAAACACUUGUACAAUAAAUGCCCUUUUCGGCUUGCUGCAAAACCAAUCCUGUGUCUUGGUGAGAAUCAGGUACCACAUAUGGUGGAGAACGCAGGUACUCUGAUUCACGUCAACCUCUGAUGAUGUCACACACGGAAGCACUGAGUGCUUUGCUAAAAAGCCAAGCUGAACUUCAAGGUGCGGUACAAGAAUUAGUAAAAAAAAUUGCUAAAGAUGUGGCUAGUACACGGCCACCCGCUGCAGUCCUAACUAAGUUAUCGGGUGAGGAUGAUGUGGAAGCCUACUUGGAGCUUUUCGAGCGCACUGCGGCCCGGGAGAAGUGGCCGGUAGCUGAAUGGGGAUCCAUUCUGGCACCUUUCCUCACUGGAGAAGCCCAGCGGGUGUGUAGCGACCUGGCAUUGGCGGAUGCUCAAGACUUUAAGAAACUAAAGAAAGCCAUUCUCGACAGCCAAGGGUGCAGUCUGCCUGCCAGGGCCCAGCAAUAUCACAACUGGACCUUCCAGCCCACACAACCCCCGCGACAGCAGGUAGCCGCACUGCUCCGCCUAACACACCGCUGGCUAACGACCGAAGGGAACCCCCCCUCUGUAGAUAGACUGGUGAUAGACCGCUGUAUCCGAGCCUUUCCGCCUGAUGCCCGGAAGUAUGCCGCACAAGUGAGCCCUUUAACUGUGGAGCAGUUGGUGGCGUUAUUAGAGAACCACCAAGUGAGCAUGGAAAUGCUGAGAGCCACCCGUAUGGAAACGGCCAGACCCACCGGGGAAGAGAAGCUAGGGCGCGACCGCCGAAGAGCGCCACCGCCAGCUCCAUCCCCACCCCGACCUCAGGGCGCUGCCCCCGAGAGACCCAGUUGGGCCCCACAUCGGAAAUGUUAUGUGUGUGGACACCCGGACCACAUGUCUUGGGCGUGCCCGGAACGUGACCGUGAUGUCUCCAUGGCCACAGCCCCCAGCUCAGAUGCAGGAAAACCAUGCCUCCACACGGGGAGUGGACGACGACAGCAUGCCAGCCUUCCAGUGAAGAUCGGGGGGACCGAUGCACAUGCAUUGCUGGACAGUGGGAGCGCUGUGACCCUGGUACAUGUUGACCUGGCCGGACCCCUCAGCGAAGACACUGUUCCAGUGACGUGUGUACAUGGAGAUGUCCGCCAGUAUCCGGUGAGCCAUAUACACAUUCAGACACCCCGAGGGGAUGCACUGGUAGCAGCUGGAGUGGUACCAAACCUGCCUGUUCCCCUACUCAUCGGGUCUGACUGUGUACUCUUUGGCCGUUACUGGACCCCGGGCUACAUUCCAAGUGCCGUUCCACGACAGCGUCGCCGUCGCAACAAUGGACUCAAAAAUAUGAGACCGCUUGCAGCCUGCCCCGCGUUUAGGCCCUCGUCAGAUGCCCCACAGAGUGACAGCUCGGCUGAAGAGGAGCGACGGGAGAGCAGGAAGGAGGAGGAGGAGGCAGAAGAGGAAGGGGACCCCUUUGUGGAGUUCCCCGUACCAGAAGAGAGCAUCAACCAAAAAACGGGCGAGUUUGCCACUGCCCAGUGGAAUGAUCAGAACCUCAGCUGGGCCCGACAGCAAGUAGUAGAAAUUGACGGACAGAAAUGUGAAGGGGUGAGUGCACUUAAUUCACCGUAUUUUCUGAUAAAAAAUGGCCUUCUGUAUAGAGGGGUGCUAACUAAGGGCAGGGACAUAAUUGAGCAACUGCUGGUGCCCAAGUCGUAUAUCUCCCGAGUGCUUUAUCUUGCCCACACUCAUCAGCUGGGAGCUCACCUAGGUAUACAAAAGACGUAUGACCGCAUAAUAACCCGCUUCUAUUGGCCCGGUGUGAAACGAGCCAUAGAAGACUUUUGCAAGGGCUGUCCUGAAUGCCAAAAGAAUGCACCGAGACCCACCUAUCGAAACCCCUUGGUCCCGCUCCCCAUCAUCAGCACCCCAUUCUCACGUCUGGCAAUGGACAUCGUUGGACCACUCCCAAAGUCAGCCAGAGGACAUCGCUACAUACUGGUAAUACUAGACUAUGCCACCCGAUAUCCUGAGGCUGUACCAUUACGCACAGCCUCAGCCAAAGCGAUAGCACAUGAACUGUUUAUGAUGUUUAGCCGAGUGGGAAUUGCCGAUGAGAUUUUAACGGACCAGGGCACAUGUUUUAUGUCACAAGUGCUAACCAUGCUGUACAAAUGGCUGAAAGUGAAACGCAUACGAACCUCUAUAUACCAUCCUCAGACAGAUGGCCUGGUGGAACGUUUCAACUGUACGUUGAAGAAGAUGCUAAAAAAAGUAGCCGACGAAGACGGGAAAGACUGGGAUCACCUCAUUCCAUAUGUCCUCUUUGCCAUCAGAGAGGUUCCCCAGGCGUCCACUGGCUUCUCCCCCUUUGAGCUUGUCUAUGGCCGACGUCCCCGAGGCGUGCUGGACAUUGCGAAAGAGACCUGGGAGAACCAACCCUCGCCACACCGCAGUGUGAUCGACCAUGUCGCCCAACUACAAGCCCGGGCUCGCAAAAUCUGGCCCAUGGUAAGAGAACAUAUGGAAAAAGCCCAAAGAGAACAGGCGAAAACGUAUAACAGAGGUGCCACACUCCGAGAGUUCCAAGUUGGGGAAAAAGUGCUGGUAUUAGUUCCGUCCAGCGAGUGCAAGUUCUUGGCCAGAUGGCAGGGGCCUUACGAGGUAAUUGAGAGAAUGGGCCCCGUCAACUACAAGACCACUCCCCCGGUACCUAUAGGAGAGGACCUCUCCCCGUCCCAAAAGCAGGAGGUGAAGGAACUUCUGGGACGGAACCAGGACCGCCUCUCGGAAUUGCCAGGAAGGACCCAGGCGAUCAAACAUGACAUUGAGACCAAACCCGGAAAGGUGAUAAGACAAAGGCCCUACCGAAUCCCAGAAGCCAGGCGGGCGGCUAUAAAAGAAGAGGUAAAGAAAAUGUUAGAACUUGGAGUAAUAGAGGAAUCUCAUAGUCCAUGGUCCAGCCCGAUUGUUAUUGUGCCAAAACCAGACGGGUCCCUGAGAUUUUGUAAUGACUUUCGCAAAUUGAAUGAGAUUUCACUGUAUGACGCUUAUCCCAUGCCCAGAGUAGAUGAGCUGAUAGAGCGGCUCGGACCUGCUCGUUUCAUCAGCACCCUGGACCUGACCAAGGGCUACUGGCAGGUGCCAUUGACGGAAAGGGCGAAACCUAAAACGGCUUUCUCCACACCCGAGGGGCUGUUCCAAUAUACUGUCUUACCGUUCGGGAUACACGGGGCCCCGGCAACAUUCCAGAGGAUGAUGGACCGAGUUCUACAGCCCCACCAAGAAUACGCAGCCGCCUACCUAGACGAUAUUGUGAUUCACAGCACCAGCUGGUCUCUCCAUCUCCAGCAUCUCGACGCAGUCCUAGGAGCCCUGAGACGUGCCGGACUGACUGUCAACGCUAAGAAGUGCCGAGUGGGUCUGACUGAGACUGAUUAUCUUGGCUACACCAUAGGAAGAGGCUGCGUAAAACCCCAGGCCCGCAAAGUGGAGCGCAUCAGGGAAUGGCCCCGACCCUUGACGAAAAAGCAAGUAAAAUCAUUUAUUGGCCUGGUAUCAUAUUAUCAAAAGUUUAUUAAAAAUUUCUCUACGAUUGCAACACCGAUGUAUGAACUGACACGGAACAAAUUGCCCCAUCAUGUCACCUGGACGGCUGAGGCCGAGACUGCCUUCAACAUGUUGAAGAAAGCCCUAAGUGAAGAACCGGUGUUGAAAGCCCCCGACUUCAGCCAGCCAUUCAUCCUCCACACUGACGCCUCAGGCACGGGAAUUGGAGCUGUGCUCGCCCAGCUCGUGGAUGGAGAGGAGCACCCAGUGACAUUUAUUAGUCGGAAGCUCCAGAGCCAUGAGCGAAACUAUGCCACAGUGGAAAAGGAGUGCUUGGCAGUCAAAUGGGCAAUACACCACCUCCGCUACUACCUAUGGGGUAGGACCUUCACCUUGGUGACAGACCACGCCCCCUUGAAGUGGAUGUCCACAAAUAAGGAUCGAAACGAUCGCGUCACACGCUGGUUCCUGGAACUACAGAAUUACCACUUCACCGUGGAAUAUCGGCCUGGGAAGGCGAUCCGACAUGCAGACGCCAUGUCCCGCCUCUAUGAAGAGGACAAAGAAGCUCCCGGACCGACCGGCGAGCUUAGGGGGGGGGAUAUGUGGAGUCUCACUCAGGCACCGCCUGACAGGUAGGCACCUCACAGGGGAGGAGCCAGGGCGUGGAGGCAGAGUGGAACACAGAGGACAACGCCCCAGCCUUGGCCACAUCAUCGAGGGGCGGUACUUUCCCCUGUACCUGCUCAAUCAGCCUGAAGUGCCACCAGCUGUGCGGCCAGGUGGGGCCCAGCUACAAACUGUUCUUAACUCUGCCUCAUUCAGGUCUGGCUCUCCUCUGUGUCAAGGCAGGUGCAUCAGGCGGUAAGUGAGACAUCCACUAUUUCCCCAUUAAUGACAUUAUUAGGGAAAUGUUUUCUGAUAUUAUGUUUUCUCUUGUUUGAUAGGCAAUGACCUUUGACCUUUAAGGAAGUGUGCUGUGUGAAGGACUGAGAGCCCCAGAUGGGAGAUAUUUAUGUUUAUUAUUGGACACUUUAAGUUUGCUGAUUCCACACCCCGCCCUUCCUAAAAACACUUGUACAAUAAAUGCCCUUUUCGGCUUGCUGCAAAACCAAUCCUGUGUCUUGGUGAGAA